CCCCCACCCCACUUUCAGAGGCUCCCUGGAAACGGGGGAGGCUCAAUUCCCCCACAGUUCUCCUCCCCAGCGCAGUUAAAACAUAAUUUCGAUACUUAUCCCCAGAAGCCUAUUUGCGACUACAAUAACAUCCAGGACGCCCGCCCGGCAGGCAGCACGCUAGCCUGGCUCUUUUCGAGUCUUCAACUUUGCACGCCGAGGUUACCGCUGUCUGCCUGCCUGCCUGGUGUUUGCUGCCCGAGCCUCACGCUCAUUCUCUUAUUGUGAUCGUCGGCUCCCGAGCAGCUGUCAAACGCAUCGUUUCGCAGCACUUGAUCCGAACCCGGCUGCCUCCAAGACAUGGUCUUGGGCAACCGUGGGUGGGCAGGGAGGGAGAUUAUUUUAUUUCGUUAUGAGGAGUGAAGAAACGGAGACGUGAGGACCGCAGUUCACUAGCGGCGGUGAUGAAGACAAAAUUGAACAUCUACAACAUGCAGUUGCUGCUUUUUGUUUUCUUGGUGUGGGACCCUGCCAGGUUGGUGCUGGCUAACAUCCAAGAAGAUGAGGCUAAAAAUAACAUUACCAUCUUUACGAGAAUUCUUGACAGACUUCUGGAUGGUUACGAUAAUCGGCUUAGACCAGGACUGGGAGACAGUAUUACUGAAGUCUUCACUAACAUCUACGUGACCAGUUUUGGCCCUGUCUCAGAUACAGAUAUGGAAUAUACAAUUGAUGUUUUCUUUCGACAAAAGUGGAAAGAUGAACGUUUAAAAUUUAAAGGUCCGAUGAACAUCCUUCGACUCAACAAUUUAAUGGCUAGCAAAAUCUGGACUCCAGAUACCUUUUUUCACAAUGGGAAAAAAUCAGUAGCUCAUAAUAUGACAAUGCCAAAUAAGUUGCUUCGAAUCCAGGAUGAUGGGACUCUGCUGUAUACAAUGAGGCUUACAGUUCAAGCUGAAUGCCCAAUGCACUUGGAGGAUUUCCCAAUGGAUGCUCAUUCGUGUCCUCUGAAAUUUGGCAGCUAUGCAUAUACAACUUCAGAGGUCACUUAUAUUUGGACUUACAAUGCAUCUGAUUCAGUACAGGUUGCUCCUGAUGGCUCUAGGUUAAAUCAGUAUGACCUUCUGGGCCAAUCAAUUGGAAAGGAGACAAUUAAAUCCAGUACAGGUGAAUACACUGUAAUGACAGCUCAUUUCCACUUGAAAAGAAAAAUUGGGUAUUUUGUGAUUCAGACAUAUCUGCCUUGUAUCAUGACUGUCAUUCUCUCCCAAGUUUCAUUCUGGCUUAACAGAGAAUCUGUGCCUGCAAGAACUGUGUUUGGAGUAACAACUGUCCUAACAAUGACAACUCUAAGCAUCAGUGCUCGGAAUUCUCUCCCCAAAGUGGCUUAUGCGACUGCCAUGGACUGGUUUAUUGCUGUUUGUUAUGCAUUUGUGUUCUCUGCCCUAAUUGAGUUUGCAACUGUUAAUUACUUCACCAAAAGAGGAUGGGCUUGGGAUGGGAAGAGUGUAGUAAAUGACAAGUCCCCUUCAAUAAAAGCUGAAGGCAUUACAUUAACAUACAACUCAGUGAAAGCAAUUCUUCAAGGAGCUAAGCUAAUAUGGUCCAAGUAUAUAGCUUUCUCAUGGCCCAAUUUAUUCCAAGAAAAGACUUUAGAGUACUUAGAGAAGUGGAUGGACUGUUUAACCUUCAAACAAUCUUCUAAAAAAGAAAAGGCCUCUGUUAUGAUACAGAACAAUGCUUAUGCAGUGGCUGUUGCCAAUUAUGCCCCGAAUCUUUCAAAAGAUCCAGUUCUCUCCACCAUCUCCAAGAGCGCAACCACGCCAGAACCCAACAAGAAGCCGGAAAACAAGCCAGCUGAAGCCAAGAAAACUUUUAACAGUGUUAGCAAAAUUGACAGAAUGUCCAGAAUAGUUUUUCCAGUUUUGUUUGGUACAUUUAAUUUAGUUUAUUGGGCUACAUAUUUAAACAGAGAACCUGUAUUAGGGGUCAGUCCUUGAAUCGAGACCCAUAUUAUCUUUGGGAUGUAUAGCAACAUUAAAUUUUGUUUGUUUUGCUAUGUACAGUCUGACUAAUAACUGCUAAUUUGUGAGCCAACAUGUACAGUAUGUAUAUAGUGAUACAGCUUACCAGUAGACCUUUAAUGGAGACAUGCAUUUGCUAUCUCAUGGAACUGCAGACAGAAAGCACUCCAUGCCAAAAGAGUCAUUGCCUUUUUCCAAGAUUUACCCUUGGACCUAAUUUUAAGUGAAUUUCAGAUGACCUGAUUUAUUUCCUAUCCUUCUAAUAGAGAUGAAAAUGGGAAUCCUGUACAACCCUUUAUGGACCCUUAUGGAUUAGCUCUUAAGUAGGGGUAUUUUCUACUGUUGCUUAGUUAUGAUGGAAGACAACAUUGUCAUUCAUAGAUGAAUUCUUCUACGUAACGGAACAUUGUAUCUGCAACAUCAUCUCCCUUCAUGAGUGCUCAGAACGCCUGCUAAUGUAAUUGGAAGCUUGGCACAUAUAAGAAAAACUAGAGAUUUGAAAUCAGCUUUUAAUUACUCUGUAUAGAAUCUAUAGCCAUGUACAUAUUUCAGCAUGACAAAUUCAAAUAAUUAUGAGUCCGCCCGACAGGUUGUUAAUUAUGCCUAUGAUUUAAUAACUAUUGGAAUGUCAUGGUCAUUACAUUUUUAGCUUCAGAGUUUAUUUGAAACUAAUAAUUGAAAUCCUAUAAUUUAUUUCAGUCAUUGGAAGCUACCUUAAUUAAAAAAAAAAAAGAAAAUAAAUGUGUCUUACUCUUUCCAGGUAUGUGUUGUAUUGAAAUUGAUCAGCUAAAUUUUAUUGGUGCUGGACACUGAAAAAAGCAUCCAGUUUGGUUGCUGUGGAGCAACAUGCAUAUUGGAUUAGAAAAUUGUGCCAAAAACUCCCGCAGAUGAGAAUUCAUAGGUGUCCCACACUACGAUGAGCACUUAUAUGAUUCUCCUCUUUCCUGUUUACUGCAAAUUCUGCCUUAAAGCUUCUUUUCAAGACUCAGAAGCCACUAAUUAUAAAGGAAAGGGCAGUUAAUUGGCACAUUUUUCUGUUGUGAAAGCAGUUCUUUCAGUUAAGAAUUAAUGUAAAUCUGCUUUUGUAAAUUGCAACUUUAAAUUUCGCUGACUCAAGUUUACAACAGCUUUGUAUACCAGAAGAGAUUUUGGUAAGUGUUGAACAUUUUUACACUGCAACUUUAAAACAUCACCAAUAGAUUGUGGAUUAUUUCACAUACACAAACAUAAACACACACACACACGCACACACACACACACACACACACAAACACAGCUAAAUUAAAAACCACAAUUUUUAAUUUUAUAUAAUUACUAUUAAUGGGUAAAAUUCAUUUUUCUUUUAAUAUUUUAAAAUAUUAUUUACACCCCUGAAAUAUGCUAAUAAAAUUUAAAAAUUGUGUAUAUUCCUAGAUUCAAAGUUUUUGGCAAACCUCAAGUACUUUUGAUUGACAUGUACAUUAGCAGUUAUUAGUUGACUUUUACUAUUAGAUGCACCUUUACAAUGGUGUUUUUGUAGAAACAUAAGUAGUCAAAUAGUGACAUUUCUUGCAGUUUUGUACAGUAUUUGAGUGUAGUGCAUAAAUAGGUAUGUUCAUAAAAUCAAUAAAAGGAAUAUCUGUGGAAAUAAGCAAAAUCUCAACAAAAUUGCUAUUCCUUUGCCUCAUUUAAUUUUUUUAAAUUUUAUUUGUUUCAGUGUGAUUCUAUUAUAUGUUUUGCAUGAUUGUAUAAUACCAAGGUCACAAAUGCAUCUUAUUAACGGAAUUUGCCAAGAAGACAGUCUUGGCAUUAAAAAUUCCCUCUCAAAAGGUAACCCAUAAUCCUUAAUAAAAUAAAAUUGUUAUAUGAGCCAAUAAAUGUAUUUCUUUAAUUCCCUUCCAGUAACACCUUCUUUGUCACCUAGUUUUAAAAUGUGCACUUUAUUUAUACAUUGAAACAGAAGAUAUCCUGUUAUACAUUUAAAUAUAGCAUAGCUCUUCUGUGUAGUUUAGGGACGUUUGAAAUUGUAUGAGAAAGUACACAAUGCUUGAAAGUAAGCAAUGAAAUUGCUUUAUGUGAUAUGCAUUAUUAGACACGUUAAAAAUAUUUUUCUUGUAAAGUCCACAUUGCCCCUUUAAUGUCUGACUAUGAAUUAUAAAUUUAUAAAUAUGUGAAUAUGUAAAAAUCAUUGUAAAUAACAGUUUCUGUAUGACCACAGAAAAGAUUCAUCUAUACUUUAGGCAAAGAGCUGCUAUUAUGUUGAUGGCACUAGUUUUGUUAGCAUUUAAGAUUGACCAGGAAACUUAUUAUUGUUAUUCUUCUUUUUAAUUUCAGUUGUUAAAAUUUUAUUUGAGUGCAAUGGCAUUCUGACAGUUUAGAUUUUUCGGUAAUGUGGAUCAGGAUUCUCUGUAAUUUCACUAGAGAUGCUUCAUGGAAAUUGCUUUUGAAUUAUAGAACAAGAUUUUCAACAAUUAUUCUCCUUUCCAUGAACCAAUUUAAAAACAAAUUAAAAGAAUGUUAAUUUAUCACAAUAAGACCAAUUUUUCAGGAAAUACAUUUUACAUAUACUAACACUGAUCUCUUUGGCCCAUAAUAUUAUGCCUAUUUUAUGCAGUUAUAUAAUCACAUAAAGUGUUAUGGUAUGUACAAAAUGUAGAUAAAUACAUGUACAUAUAUAGAAAUAUAAUCCAUUAUUUUAUAGCCACUACUCUGAUUCAGCUAAUAUUUAUUCAAAAAUAUUUUUACCUCCUCUGCCAUGCCCUGAAAUUUGUGUUAAUAUCACUCAUGUAACAUCCACUGCAUUUAGUUGAAACUUUAAGUACAUCUCAAUCUUUUAAUGACUUGAAAUUAAAGACUAUAUAAAACAUUUAAAUUAACUAAGUACUGGGAGUUCUUUAAUGAGCUAUGAUACCACUAGUGUGCUAACGUGGUAGCUGUUUUUCUCUUCUCUCCUGUUCAUAUUCCUAUAUGUUUUAUUAUGAAAUGGAACAAAUAGAAAUAUUUAACAAUUUUUUAAAAACUUUAGUGAUUUUAUUAAGUGCCAAUCUUAAGGUUUAGAAAUCUAUUCAGGGAUUUCUUUGUUUUGAAUUGAUCUCAGGUUUGGAUAAGUGGUCUCCUUGAGCUGUGUUUCUAAAUUUUUUUCUUAAAUAGUUCAUAGUUUAUUUUUAAAAACAACACAGAAGCUAUGAUUUCACUCUCAUUUUUUUUGGUAAGUAUAUUUUGGCAAAUAUAUCUCGGGGGAGAUAGAUAUACAAUUGCAUUUAUGUGGCUCUUUUGGAAUUCCUGGUUGAGGGACAGGAAUCUUGCCAUGAUAUGAUCAUGGAUUCUAGAAGAGCACCAAAGUUUUAGAAGUACUUUACUUUGUCAUGGCCUGUCAUCAUUCCAAUGAAAGAAUAAAGGAAAUUGCUCAAGUCGCCUUCUGCAUUGUCAUGGUUCUUCAGCAUGACAAAAAAAAAUUGUUUAAUAUAUUCUAUGCCUAAUAUCCUCAGAUACAUGUCUGUGAAACAUAGACAUAUAUAUUUACUUACUUGGAAAUACAAAGUCAUGUUAAUGGAUUACGAAACAGAUUAUUUGUGUUAUUAGUCUCCUGACUCACCUACAUUCAUCUGGAUAUUUUUGAAGCAAUGGCCAAAAUUUUAAUCAUAUGAAAAGAUACAGAAUUUUAAGUGAAUUAGUACCUGGUCCAUUGCUACCCUGUAGUGCCAUUUAUUUUCCAUUUAACUGAGGUCCCAUAGGCACCUUGUGCUUCCCCUUUAUUAGUUCAAAGUGUGCAGAAGUGUAAAAUUUUAACUGGGGAGGGAUGCAGUUAUUUUUGACAUCUGAAUGGUUAAGAAACAUGGAUACUAUAUUAAAACCACUUAUAAUAGAGUGGACCAGACAGUUAUAGUUUUAUCUACUGAAUUCAUGCUUUAAAAAUGAAAGUAAAUAUUUAAUAUAAUUAUUUAAUAUUCAUAUUUUGCUAUUAAAAUUUAUAUUAUAUAUAUUAAUAUUUUUCAGCAGUAUUUAAAAGUUCAGAGUAUUGGAGAGAAGAACCCACAGGAAAUGUGAGGCUGUUGCUUAUUAAACCAAGUGAAGCAUAUUUUCCUUUUUAAAAUUCUGAGAAAGUAGAUAAAUUAUACAUAUGUAGACACACAAAUAUUUUAAGAGUCUUUAUUCUAUUUUAGAUAAAUUAUACAUAUGUAGACACACAAAUAUUUUAAGAGUCAUUAUUCUAUUGUAGUAAGCAUCAUAAUUAAAAUACUGAAGUAGAGAAAGUUCAUGUGAAAGACAUUUGGGAAGGCAAUAACUUAUUCAAAAUCUACUUGUAAAUAUUAUAUAUCGUAACUUUGUUUUUUGCUAAAAUUCUUAAUUAUGAACAUAUAUAGACCACUGUGUCCUCCAUCUUGUUUAGUUGAAAUAUUCUAUUUUUGUUUGUUUAUAUAUGAAGAACAAUGUGUACCAGUAAUUAUACAUCCCACCUCAAACUACUUGAUGAUGUAUUUAAUACAUAACAUUACCUAAUAUUGCCAAUAGGAAAGAACAAUUAACAGAUUUAUGUUUCAGCUUACAGUAAUGUUCCCAAAGACCUUCUAAUAAGGUCUUAGCUGUAUGUGUCAGUGAUGUAUGUAUGUUUGUGAGUGUGUAUGUGUGUCAUUCCUAGGUAUGUAUGGAAGAAUAUUUUAAGAAACUUGAAUAAAUGUAUGAAAUCUAAAAAAUUUGUUUUAUUAAUGGAUCCAAUCAUAAAUUCAGUUAUUAAACUAAAAAUUAACUUGACCAAUAGAAUACCUUUUUCAGUAAAUCCAUAACAAGCUUAUUAAUUAGAAUUAGGUUUGAAGUAUGCAUAUGAUUAAAAAUAUCUUUUCUAUGUUUCUGUAAACAUUUUUCCAAUGUAUUUCUAGUUUUUUUUAAAGAUAAAAUUCAAAAUGAUCUUGCAAUUCUGCUUUGUGAAAUAAAACAGAAACAUCUUUGAAUGCUAAUUUUCUCAAUGGAGGCUUAUAUAAGCUGUUUUAAAAGUUAAACAUCUGGUUAUAUACAAAUACAAAGUCAUCUAUAUUCAAUACUGGUUUGUUUUAUACCUUACUUUUUGAAUUGCAAUGAUUCUGAGUAUAAUUAUUAGGAAGCCCAUCACAUACUAGUCAAUGUUCUAAGCUUUUUAUACAUAUUAGUUCAUUCAGUCCUCACAACAGCCAUAAUCACUGUGUGAUUCUUGAAGUUCUGGAAAUCUAGAAUUUCUAUAUAGUACAUCAACAUACCAGUUUACAUAUAUUAUAAGAAAAGUAAAAAAAAAAAAAAAAAGAAAAAAGAAAAAAUCUGUGUUUUUCUUUAAUUCAUAUUUAUAUUUAUGCCUUUUGGGGAAUAUCCAUACAGUAAGGAAGCCAAUAGAUGCUUUUCUAUGCAACAAAACAAACAAGCAAACAACAAGUAAAAACAAACAGUAGACAAGAAAACUGUACUAUACAGAAAGCAAGUACCCAUUUUAGUGAUGCUAGCUAUUUGCUAACUUUGUUACAAUUUAGUUUCUGAGAAUAUAUUGCAGUUUUCUUUUUUAGUUCACAAGUAAUGAUCAUGUAUUAAAAAUGGUUAAUAUUGAUUAAGCAAAAGUAAGCACUGCCUUCAUUUUUUUUUCUUGUUUUGUCGGUUUUAUUUGUUGUUAGAGAAAUUUGUUUUUAUUUGCCGUAUUGUUGGACUUCAAGGAUUGGACUACAAGGAUUAUCUAUUGAUUUCAUCAAACAUUUUGUUGUAAAUUACUAUUAAAAGAAUGAGGCCUGAAUUGAUCCCAAUAGAUGCAAUUGGUGGGACUGUUAAGUGUGGAAUUAACUUACUAGGUUUGAAAAUGUCAGUUUUCCAUGCUUCUUUUUAGAAGAAUUCACCAUAACAUGAUGCCAAAAUACAAAUCUAUAUUAUUGGCUAUAUAUGAAUAUUUCCAACAAAGUUUAUUUUUAAAAACACUGAUGCUAAGAAAGCAAGUAGGAAAUUGCAGAAUUACUUUAGAAAUAUUAGUUAUAGAUUGUUCACAAUUUAUUUUUAACGACUAUGUUGAAACAAUUGGCUGUGCUUUGCAUUUAGCAUAAUAUGUAAAAACGUGUAGUGUACAAUUAGAAAGACAUAAAACUCAAUUAUUGAGCGAAAAUUUUCAUGAUUUAAACUUUGCCAUCCACAGAUAAGUCCUGAUUGCUUGUUAACCUUGGGUGCUUGCACUACACUUGAUUUUAAGAUUGUUGGUGUCCUAAUCAUUUUCAAGAUUUUCCUGAGCAGAUACAAAUUCAGGUUUUGGUGUCCUUCAAAUUGAGAAACAUCACCUUUCAUGAAAUGUUUCCAGUAGACAUGAUGUGGGUGAAAACUUUUAAAAAUGUCGUAUUUAUUGCUAAAUUUGAACAGAAAAUAAAAGGAAUGAAAAAAUUUCCCCUUGCUGCAAAUUAAUAAUGCAGUCACAUGCGUAGAGAAUGUGAGGAAGCUCCAACACUAAACUUUGAUAUUCACAUUAUAUGAAAUUUGAAAUUUUCUGGGUGACAGUAUACUUAUAUGGUAGUUUUCCUGGUUCAAGAAAAUAACUCAAGGACUAACAACAUUUGUAACUAUGACCUUGUUGUAAUUGGGAAGAGCCACUAGUUUCUCAUAUGACCUUCAUUGAAUAUGUCAUGCUUGCUGUUUAAAAAAUUCCUAACUAAUCACAUGCAAAUUAAUGCUAAACAUAUUUUUUGUACUUAUUAAAAUAAUUUAAAUAUAUUUGAUCUGAAAA